UCUCAGCUUUAAUGAGGAAAACACACCAGCCCUGGGUUGCAACAGACAAUUUCUAAGAUUCCUGAUAAUGUGCACAAAUAGUCGUUGGGGAAAUUUGUGCCAUAUGGGAUUGGAUAUGCUAGGAAAUGUGGCAAACGAAAUCGAAAUCAAUGAUCCUCAAAUGGAUGAAGUGACCAGAUGUCUAGUGUCGACACUGUCGGAAGGAUUGGAAGGGGCCGAUCGUGGUGUUAUAAUUAGUUGCCUGGAAGUGCUGAGUAAAAUCGCACAGAAAGAAAGUAACGAAGAUAAUCUUAGCCUAUGUUUGAAUCAGUCGGUUUACAAUCAAAUAAGUCUUUUUCUUUCGCUCAAUGAUAUCAUGCUGCUGAUCUACACUUUGGAGUGCAUUUACUCGCUAACAUCGAUUGGUGAAAAACCGUGCAACGCCAUGAUGCACGUGACGGGUAUCAUUGACAGCCUGGUAUCGCUCGUAACAGUCGAAGCCCAAAGCUACGGCCCAGACGCAUGCAUUCUGAUGAGAGUCGUUGAAACCAUUCCUGGAAACAUGGCAGGCUACUAUCCAGGUAAUCACUUUCAAAAUGCUGGUCCGAUUCUCCAUCCUCAAGCACCUACCAUGGCCCAACUAACAGUGCAUAACAAAGAACAACCUUCAAUUCCGGUGCCGAGCAUUCCAACCAUUCCGGAGAUUCCGAAGAUUCCUCUUCCCACUAAAUCUGCAUCGUCCCCACCGAUUUCGCAACCAAACCCAACAACCAUGCCAGCUCCCACAUCUACAAUCCUGUCCAAUAUCCAGGUCACCAGCGUAACUCGUCCACCCGGUGCUCAAUCUCCGCAAAUACCGAUCAACAUAAUUAGCCGCAACGACCCAGCAACGCCCCAGAAAUCCCUCCCGGCAACUUUAGCUUCAGCUCAAUCCAUUUCCUCCUCAUUAGCGCCAGCACCAUCCCCGACAGCUGGUCCAAUCACAGUUGCAGCAAAACAUGCACAGCAGCAGCAAUCGCAGGAGAAUGAACAGUUUGCAUACGCUUGGCUGAAAGCUACCUUCGAAACGACCCCAUCGCUGGCGAACAAAAUCGAACAAGCCGAAGUGUACAAGCUAUAUCUGUCGGCUAAUGGGAAGAUCGGCCGGAAGGCCGUUGUUCCUCAGAUCCACUUUCCACGAUGCAUGCGAACUGUCUUCGGUGGAACUGUUGGGCCUACGCUCAUCAAAACGGAACGCAACGGAAUCGAGGGUAACAACUACUUCUACGAAGGUAUCAAGCUACGACCGAAACCGGCACCCGGAGCAGCUGCUUCCUCCCAGAAGGUAUUGUCAACGAGUUCACCUGUAGAGAACACACACAAUAACACCACCAACAACAAUAAUAGCAAUACAAACAUUAGUACAGACAAUCACGGUGAAAACAAAUCGAUAAGCUCGGGUCAGAACACAGCUGUUGAUGGCAAACCAAUCAUGAUGACAAAAUCAACUCCAACAUCCCUAGCCAAACAACAUCAACAGCCGCUAGCUAAACCGCAUUCCGUAAUUCAAAAACCCACCUCGUCUGUUCCACUCAGUCCGCUGCAACAGCAGCAACCACCUGAUAAAACGCUCGUGCAACCCAAACUAGCCGGUGGAGGACCAGGGAUGGUAUCGGGCAAGGGCGCUGGUACGAGCGGACCACUCUAUACGACACAAGUGGCCGGCAAGAGUGCGGCCACAAAUCCUGCGAAUGUUAGUCAACAGGCAUCCCAUAGCCAACCUGGCCAAAUCUUGCAUCAGGUGAUGAAUCCGAACUCUGCGAGCGAUCCGAAAAGCAACGUUAUCGUGGUUAACCAAACCACCAUUUCGCCGCAACCGCUAGGCACGGUAGCUCAACCUCCUCAGCCGCCCCAACAGGCUACCGGUACCACCACCAUUAUGAACCAGUCUGGGACGAUUUCGUCCACUACGACCAACCCGUCGGCGUUGAUCAAGAGCCUAUUGGCGAACAAGGUAACAACGGUGACGAGUAGCGAAUCCGCUGCUACCAGCACCUCCGGCGGCAUCGUCGUUUCGUCUACCUCUACUGCUACCAGUAGUUUUUCGUCUACUAGCACUAGCAACACUAGUAUCAAUCCUUCUACUCCUGCAACUAGCCAAUGUUUGAUUGCAUCGAAUGUUAACGUGCAUCAGGUCGCUCAACGGCAGCAAAUGCUUAAGCAAAAACAAAUGAAUUCUUCGGCAGCCGGGACAGGUCAAUCUCCCAAUAGCUCGGUGGUGGUAACAUCGAAUAAUCCAAACAAUUUGACAAACAUAAAAGUUGGUAAUUCAACAAUCUCCAUCAAACCUGGUACCCUUCCAACGAAUACGGUGAUAACGGCAACGAAUCCUCACGAGAUGAAUCCACCACCAUUGGCGCCGUUGAGUCAGAUGCCAGGCGGUAUGAUUAAGCCCUUAACAACCAAUAAGAUGUUGGUAGAUUUGUUGGACAAGAAAACUAAUGAUCCACCCGUCUUUGCGAUCGGGGAGACUACCGUGAAACGCAAGAGUGAUGCCGAUGCUGCAGAACCGCCAGCUAAGAUGAUUAACACAGAAGAAAUGAAAGUUACUUCAAAGGCCGCUGAUUUGUACGCGGAAUUGGCUGGGUCCAUUCUAGAAGGUGAAGACAUGGAAGAUAUUGAAAUGAAACCGAAAGAGGAGCAACCGAAAAUGAAAGUACAACCAGCCCCAGCUCAGCAGGUCAUCAACAUGGCAGUCCCAAUGCAACGGCAGAUAAUUAUGGCCCCUAAUAACCCACAAUCGAUGAUGCUAUCACCCGGUAGUUCUGGACAGCACUUGACUGCUCAGACGACAGCUACUAUCAAAACUGAUACCGGCUAUCAAACAGUGCCGGUCAUUCUGCAACACAAUCAAAAUCAAAUUCAAAUACAAAAAUCUUCCCCUGUCAUGACUCCCACCGUCAUUUCAAAUCCUCAACAAACUACACAAUACAUUCUGGCAACGAACCAACAGGGGCAGACAUACGUUGUAGCUCAGCAACCGCAACCACAGAACCAGAUGCAACAAACCGUUCUACUAACACAGAACUCUCAAACUGGAACUCCACAGAAAACCAUCAUUAUUCUGCAACAACAACCUACGCAGGGUAACAAUUCCCAAAUGCAGACCCACCAAAUUGUACAAUCUCAACAGCACACUCCGCAGAAAGUGUUUGUCAACCAGCAGGGCCAGCAAAUAAUUAUGACCCAAGUACCCCGCCAAAUGCAGCAUCAGACUCAGAUCGUUGAGAAGAAACCAAUAUACAUUACUACCAACCAACAAGGACAAGCAAUCAGCAUCGAAGGACCUUCGCAACAAAUGAUGAAAAGUAAUCAACAACCGACACAGAUAAUUCAGACGCAUCUUGGCCAGCAGCACCAUCAACAUCAACAAACUACCAGUCAGCAGAUACAACAAAUCAUUCAACAAGGAGGUUCUCAAACAUUCCAAUUCAUUCAACAACCACAGCAACAGACACAAUCUCAACCAACACAGCAAAUUAUGAUUCAACAGCAAGGAUCUCAACAACAAUCAUCACAACAGCAACAACAAACGCAACAACUUCAACCGCAGAUCAUAUCUCAGCAAAUAAUUCAACCCGCACCGCAACAACAGCCGCAGAUCGUACAAAAAAUCAUUCAGCAAAAACUUGUACAAGCACCACAGCAACAGCAGCAGCAGCAGCAGAUCAUAACGAUGCAGAAGCAGCCGAUGUCUAUAGCAUCAAGCAUUUCCCAUAGCCCCGCGACAAUAACAGUCACAAAACAAACGGCUACCGGAUCGUCUCAACAGGUUGGCCAACUUCCUACCAAAACGAUCAUAGUCCAACAGCAACCCACGGUUGGAGGAACACCUCAGAAACAAAUAAUUCAAGUUGUUCAGCAAAAGAUUGCAUCUUCUGCAUCACAACCAACUGUUGUACAAAAGACCGCCAUGCAAUCGCAACUUCCUGCGAAGGCAUCUAUUCCGCAAGUACAACCCUCCGUUGGGUACACUACUACUUCAGCAAGCAUGAGUACAGCUACUUCAACAGCUUAUUCAACCACAUCUACCUUGAUGAGUAUUGCUGCUUCAACUGAAACUACAGCUACAAUUGCCUCCAUAGUGCCACCUUCGGCAGGUUUCACUUCUGUUUCAACUACCGCUACAGCUUCCGCAAUCUCUACAUUCACAUCAUCAAACACCGCUCCGACCACUACUUCAACAGCGAUUACUCAGCCAACGGCAACAAUACCCGUGUCCGGUUCCAGCAGUACCAUUCAAAUGAUACCGGCAAUGGACCCAUCGAAAGCAAUCGACGAAGAUGUCGAUCCGAGUUGGCCGUGGGUGUGUGAUUGGCGUGGGUGCCCUCGGAAGAAAUAUGCUUCCGCUAACGAGGUGUACAUCCAUGCCUGCGCUGUUCACUGUCCGGAAGCAAUCGAAUCUUCGGCCGAUAUUUACUGUCAGUGGGGUCCCGGUCCCAACCUAUGCGACAAUUUACCCCGGAAACGUUUCUCUUUAAUGACGCACAUUUUCGAUCGGCACUGCACCAGCGAGUCCUUCAAGACGGCAGUUCAGCGCCGUAUAUCGAACGCCUCAACCAUCGCCCAACAGCCGGUGCAAGCAUAUCCGGUGACUCUGGUGCGGCAAUCGGCAGGGACUCCUACUCCUGGUUCAUCAGCAUCAUCGACAACGUCUGAAACGUCCAGCAGUUCAUCUACGCUGCCACAAGGUCCAGGACAUCUAUCCUCUGCUGGACCCGCGGCGCUACAUGCCAUCAAAAGGCACGCGAUCGAUUGGAUCAAUGCUAAAGAAUUCCAGGAUGACAUCGAAGGACCGGUGACGAAAAGUAUUCGGCUGACGUCGGCUUUGAUUUUAAGAAAUUUAGUUGUCUACAAUAGUAGCGCUCGAAGGGCUCUACGGGCGUACGAGCCUCACCUGGCUGCAGUUGCAAUGAACAAUGUCGAAUCAAGUCGCACCAUCUCCCAGGUAUUAUUCGAAAUGAAUGACACGACCUAAUUUUUAUGUAAGGGAUACUGUAUGUUACAAAAAGUGAAAAUCUAUAUUGUAGGUAUUUUAAGUUCAGUUGUAAAAGUUUAAGCCUAUCAGAAUUGGCAGUUUUUAAAGUGUUACUAAACCACAUACAUUUUUUC